GAAAAAUUAUAAUUAAAAGUCAAUCUUCGAUUUUUUGUAUGCAUGCAGUAAAAAUAAUUAUAAAAUUUACUAGAUUCUUAUUAUUUUAGCAUUUCUGUGGGUUUUCAAAACCCAUUUAUAUCCAAAGAGUUAAAGGAACCCCAGUUUCAGUGAUGAUGUCCGAGUAUUACGAUCAUUACCAUCGCUGGGAACCACUUGCAGAGUUUCAUUUUCAAAUUGGUGAUGAAGAUGAUGAUUAUGGCGAAGAAAACUAUGUUUACUGUUUAUGUAGCCGAGCUUUCAUCAAAGAUGGUGUUAAAACUUAUUAUGUUGAAAAGGAAGAAGGUAGUGAAAGUGAUGUGGAAGUUACGCGUGACUCUCAUUCACAGCAUUGGGAUGAACACUCCCAUGUGCAUUUUUCAUUGGAUACCUCAUACAAAGUUAAAUGUGAAAAAGAUGAAGGUGCUAGUUGCUAUUGUAGUGCCUCACACACAGACAACUACUGCUCUACAGAUGAACACGACCCGGCACAAGUCCAAGGCAUGAUCUCUCAUGCUUUACAACCCAGCGAUAGUGGAGCAGACCUUACAUACCCAGAAAGCCAUUCAGACUACACAACAAACUCUCAUGAUAUCCUUGAGAAAAUGGAACAAGAUCUUCCAAAUAUAGAUACAAAAGUAAGUGAUGAAAAUUAUCUAUCAGAAAAUACAUUUGAAAAAUUCUGGGCUGUUAAUGGAGAAAGACUUAUAUGGGCCUCAUGGAUUAAGAAUUACAGUGAUUACAUAAACCCUUCCUAUCUGGACCAAAAUAAUGAUCUGCUGAUGGAUGACAAUAACAUUCCCAAACAAAGAUCUGCCGAUCAGAUUUAUCAAGAUCAACAAGUUGAGGUAAAUAAAAAAACUGAUGAAGAUGAUGGCAUAAGAGAGAGGAAGUUUUCAUAUGAUUCAAAAGUCAAUCCAUACAAGAAAAAUAAAGCUCAUCCAAACCCUGUUGAUAAAGUUGAAGAAACAGAGCCCCGCAACAGGGAUGACCCAUGGUUACCGCUAGCUCGCAAAAGAUCUUGUUCUGAACAUGACAGAAUAUUGAGUCCUAGAACUGUGACAGGGACUGAUUCAAUGACCAAUGUGACCAAAAUAACUAUUUCAAGUUAUGAUGUUUCCUCUAGCCAUGUAACAUCAGAAUCUUCACCAACUGAAGAUUACAGUAUGUCUUCCACUACAUCUGAUGACCAAUCUAAUGAUCAAACAAGAAUAGCUAAUGUUGAUGAAAUCUUGGAACAACCACCAUCUGAAGAAUUAGAUACAGAUCAGUAUUGGCAAUUCCUUUGGAAGAAACAUUUUGGAGAACAAUAUGCCUUACAUUAUGCCAAUUAUCUUGAGAGCCAUGAAGAGAAACCCAAAGAGGAUGAAAAUAAACAGGUAGAAGCAGUAGUAAACAUUCCAGAUGUUCCUAAUAAUGUUGAUAAACCAGAAGAAAAAGUAGAAGUAGAUCAUGAGAAUAGUGAAGGAAAUUCACAAGAAACACCAACAAUUAUAGAAGUGCUAACUCAAGUUAACAAUAUAAAACUAGAAGAGAAAAAUAAACCUAAAAGAAGAAUUAAGAAAAAUACUAAUAGAAUUAUAGGUUCAGUGGGUAUGUUGUUACAAAGUUUGCUUAAAGAUGAGCAAAAAUUGAAAGAACUCUGUGAAUUGAAUGAGGUGAAUGAAGCAGCAGAAGCUGUAGAGGGUAGUACCAAAACAGUAACAGAUGUACAGAAACCUGAUACAGUUGAUGGAGCAUCAACAACUGCAAGUACUCAGCAGUCUAUAAGCAAUACUAACCUGCCUUCUUAUAAGUAUGAUGAUGGCGAUGAUGAUCCACCUGAAGAUAAACCAGUUAUGAUGAAAAAAGGCCAUGAAGUUGACGAAGAAGAGGCUGCAGCAGAAGAAGUGACCAACACUUUUGAUUUAAUGGGCUUCUGUGUUAAUGCAGCUAAUAUGCCGAAAGGUCGACUCAUAUAUAAAAAGCGUGUAGCAAGAUUACGACCGCGACACAAGAGAUUUGUUGCUCCUAGAAAAACAUACUUUGAUGAUGAAGGCAAUCCUUGUCAGGUACAAGAAUCACAUGACGAAAGGGAAAUGCAAACUGAUGAUGAAGGCCCCGAAAUCAAGUCUGAUAAUGAAAAACCUACAGACAUUCCGAAUGUUGACAGCAUAGAAAGUACAAAUAUUGACACUGUUAAAACGAAAGAUAAUACUGAGUCUGAAGAUAGUAAAUUAACCAACGAAGCAGCAGCAGUGCCUUUGCCUUCUGAUAUGAGCGGAUCAUUCAGUAGUGCCCCUGAAAACAGUGAUGAACAUAAAGGAAUCCAAGUAGAGUCAAAGCGAAGAAGACGUCAGAAAAGACAUUCUCGAGCUACAAUCGACGACUCGGAAAUACCCGCAGAACUCAGAGAAACACCGAAAAUGCUCAAAUACUGGAAGAAACGGCAUUCGUUAUUUCACAGGUUCGACGAAGGCAUAAAGCUGGAUCUAGAGAGUUGGUUCAGCGUGACUCCAGAAAGCGUGGCGUGGCAUAUCGCCAACAAGUUCGCUUUCGAUAUCGUAAUAGACGCAUUCUGUGGCGCCGGUGGGAAUACGAUACAAUUCGCCAGGACUUGUAAGAAGGUGAUAGCGAUCGACAUAGACCCGGUGAAGGUUGAGAUGGCUCGCCACAACGCUACCGUUUACGGAGUCGCCGACCGUAUAGAGUUCAGAGUGGGGGACUUCUUCACGAUGGCACCCCAACUGGAGGCCGAUAUGGUGUUCCUUAGCCCGCCCUGGGGGGGUCCCAACUAUUCCGAGAACUACGAGUACGAUUUGGAAACAAUGUUGGAACCGAAACCAGCGUCGGAGUUGAUGGACGUCGCUAGGAACAUAACCACCAAUAUAGCACUCUACCUGCCUAGAAAUACUAGAUCGGAUCAGAUAAUAACGAUAGCCAAAGAAAUCGGAAGUUCAGUGGAAGUGGAACAGAGUUACCUCGACAAGCGUUUUGUUGCGAUCACGGCGUACUUCUAUCAAAAUAACGAACUUUAAUAGCACUCAGUGAUAUUUUUACUCUUAUGAACCGUUCUGUGCGCUUUUAAUCAAAGUACUUUUAACUCUAUAAUGUAACAACAUCACAUGGCUACUCGUAUUUGCUAUUGAUAAAUUUGACAGCAGGCUAUCUUUAUCAUGUUCUAUAGCGAAUGAAAAGGAGAGAUAGCCAUGUGAAAUGCCAACAUAACUGUAUGAAUGUUUGAUUCGGUAGUUUGCGGCAAACUUCUUGAGCAAAACCACAAACAAAAAAAGUUGCCUUUUUUGUAUAUAAAAUUGCAACUGCACGGCCUUCCUUGUCUAUUGUCGUUGCUCAAUAAGUUUGCCAGGGUUAUUGUAUAUCGUGGAAAAUAUAAAAUAGAGCAAUUAAUUUCAUAAUGUAUUCAAAUUGUCUUCGUUACUGAUUCUUUAAUUCGUAGAAAAAAACUAAGCAAUAUAUAGGGAAUAUAUAAAAAUAUCUAUAUAUUAAUAUACCUAAUGAACUUGCUUUUAUCGAAUUUUUAAAGAAAAUAAUCUAUACUUCUUGUGUGAUCAUUUGUUGUCAUGUUAAUAAAAAAGAUCUUUAUUACUAAACACGUACUUAUAGUUGAAUAUAGAAUUCACACGGAAAAAAAAACAUUUAUUUUGUAGUAUUUUGGAUUGGACCUUUGUUAACAGAUUGUUAUGAGAAUUAUUUUAUAAAAAGAUAUUAACAAAAAUAUGUCAAAUUUUAUACUAUUGCGCAUCAAUUACAUAUGUAGUAACUUUGUAAUUUUACAAAUGUAUCUAUUUAAAUACAUGGAAAUUGUUUUACGAGAUCAAUAACGUAAACCCAUUUUCAGAUAUUAGAGUACCUAUGUACUACUUCUUUUUUGUUUUUAUCAUAUAGAAGCAUAUUGGGUACGCUUUUAAAUACUGAGAAAAAAAUUGUAAUCGCGAAAAGUAUAGCUAAGAGUAAAUCUUUUAUUAACUUAAAAGAAACCGUAAAAGCUUCCAAAAUUAGUAAGUACUAUUUCCUGAACUCCAAAAUAAUCUGAUAAGUGUAAUAGAAAUUAUAUUUGUAUCUUGUACACAUUUAUCAUCAUUGAAUAUAAAUCAAAUUUAAUUCUGUCACAAUGCUUCAGAUGUGGUUGUACACCUUAUCCAAUUGUAUAUGUAAAAUGUACCCUAUGUCUAAUUAUUUAAGUCUUAUAAAGCAAUAACAAGUUGAAAAGCAUUUAGAGUGUAUUUUAUGGAGAAAAUGUUAUUGUGUGGCUUAUUAUAAGUAAACAAGAUUGUAUGUUCUUUGUACAUACUUAUAUUUUAAACAUAUUCAAUAUGCAACUCAUGCUCAAACAAAUAAAGUUGUGUUAACUUUUUGCUGAUUUAAAAGUUAUAAACCUAUUAAUGAUAAGUAGUAGGUACUUUAUUACUUUAAAUGACAAAUAAUUUAAAAUAAUCGUGAAAAAACAAAUUCAUCUAAUAUUAAUUAGGCAGAUGGAUAUCUUGUAUUGUGAUUGUAUAAAUGUUGUGAUCUGUAAAUAUAUGUUGAUGAAAAUAAAGUUAAUACUGAGUGACAGAAAUUUGUUUUUUAUUGGUAAAGAAGAACAGGAAAGUAGAUACAUACAUGUUCUGUUUUACAUGUUAAUAUGGAUGAAAUUUGGCACAAAUAGUUGGUAAACAGAAUGAUCAUCCAAAAUAGUGGUUUUUAACCUUGUUUAUUGAUGAGGGACCAUUUGUUAAAAUUACUGUCUUGCUGCAGACCACUAGUUAAGAUUUGUCCCUUUAGAAAUUGUAUACUAAUGAGCAUUCUUCCUUGUUUUCUUCAAAUUUGCUUUGCAGACCACUUUGCAUGCCUCCAGGGAACACCAGUUAAGAACCACUGAUCUCAAGAAUAACUUUAAAGUAUUUUAUUUCUGUAGGAUUCACAAAUACAAUCAGCUAGAUGAUUGCCAUUUGAAACAGACUAUAGACGUGUCUCGCUUCUCCCUAUUGAAAUCUUAAUUCGAAUAAAGUUUCAAACAAAAUCUCAUAGAUUCAUAUGAAAAAAUAAUGGAAAAAGACAUUUUUAUUUUCUCAUCAUUUCAUAGUUCAUUUGGAUGUUUGGAAACUAAGUUAAAAGAAUUCAACAUUGUUUGACAGUUCGUUUAUUUUGCAAUAAACAAUUUUGGUACAUACACUAAAAAUUAACUUAGCAUUAGCAAACUUAACCUAAUAGUAAUGACUACUGUUAUUCCUUCAUUUCACCCUCUUCAUCUUCUUCUUCUGCUCCUCUCACAUAGAGAACAUUAUUGCAUCUUAUUAGUACUUCUCCGAGAUUACCUGUAAAGCAACAAGCAUUCAAUCAAUUGACAGCUGAAGAUCAAUAAAGACUAACCUAUUCAAGGAUAUAAUAAUACAAGCCAUCAGCCCCUUGAAUGUCUGUUCAGGAGGCUGAUCGAGCUAAAUGUGAAACAAAUAAAACAAUGAACCAUAAACGAAUUGCAACUUUUUACAACAUUUUGUAUCGCCCUAAAGAUUUGACAGAUGUAAACGUAUCAUGAUUGGACCGUCACGGUUCCCAACUUAGGGGUUUUGCC